AUGUAUUAAGAAAUUUAUGGUUGUACACUUAUUCAUCAAUCUAAAUAUAUAGAUAAAGGUAAUUUGUAUGUUGGAGGAAUAAAAUCACUUGAUUAUAUCAAAAAAUAUUAGUUUGGUGCAAUAAUAUCAGCAAUUGAAAAAUUAGAUAAAUAGAUUCCUGAAUAUAUUCAUCAUUUUAGAAUUGUGGCUUAUGAUGAAACAAAUUUUAAUUUGUCUGAAUAUUUUGAAUAAACUAAUUCAUUUAUAAAGCAACAUCUGGAAAAAACAAAUGUUCUUGUUCAUUGUUAAGUUGGAGUAUCAAGAUCUGUUUCAAUAUUAAUUGCAUAUUUUAUAAAAGAAAUGAAUAUGAAUUUUGAUAUAGCUUUACAGUAUAUUAAAGAUAAGAGAGAAUUUGUAUAUCCAAAUGAAGGAUUUUAAGAUUAACUUCAUCAGUAUUAUUUAAAAUGUAAAGAUAAUAGCAAAAUAGAUUGAAAAU